AUGUCGGCUCUCAAUGCCACCCUCAACGCCACCGUGGCGCUGGUGAACGCGACCGUGAAUGCGACGGCCAAUGCGACUGUCAAGGCCGCCGCCAAGGGCGGAAUCGAGAACGUUGUCAUUGACUGGAAGGGCAUCGUGGUCAUCAUCACCCUGUUCUUUGCGCUCAUUGUCAUGGGCCUUGACGCCGUCGGCCCAGACCUGGUGUUUGGAGGUGUCACCGCAAUCUACAUGGUUGCAGGCAUCUUGUCGGUGAGGGAGGGAGCGGCAGGCUUCUCCAACACGGGUGUGCUCACGGUCAUGGCAUUGUUCAUCGUAGCAGAAGGAGUAUCUCAAACAGGAGGUCUCGACAUUCUGCUGAACAAGGUCCUAGGCAGCGCCUCGUCCGUCUUCUGGGCCCAGACGCGCAUGAUGCUUCCCGUCAUGAUCGCCUCUGCCUUCCUCAACAACACGCCCAUCGUGGCCUUGCUCAUCCCCAUCCUGCUCUCGUGGUCCCGGAGGUGCAACGUGCCGGCCAAGAAGCUGCUGAUCCCCCUGUCCUUUGCGACAGUGCUGGGCGGCACCUGCACGCUCAUCGGCACCAGCACCAACCUCGUUGUCUCCGGCCUGCAGCAGGAGAUGGCGAAGAAGGAUCCCACCAUCCCUGUCUUCCAAUUUUUCACCAUCACUCCCUACGGUGUGCCGUACGCUAUCUGGGGCUUUGCCUACAUCGUGCUGUUCUCCUUCCUGCUGCCCGGCCACGAGGGCUCGGGCCACACCGACCUGACCUCCGAGCUCCUGGUGACCGACAAGUCUGGCAAGGUUGCCAGCUCCACCCUGGAUGCCUCCGGCCUCCUGGACAAGGUCGGAACCUCCCACAUCAUCGCAGUUCGCACCGCCAAGGGCUCUGUCAUCGCGCCCCCCCUGCCAGACACUGUGGUCUACGCCGGUGAUGUCAUCGUUGUGCAGGGCUCUGCCCAGGACAACUCCACGUUUGCCAACCAGAACGGCCUCCAGGUGCUGCUCUUCGAGGGCGCCGGCGCCGGCGAUGAGGGGGGGUCCAUUGCCUCUGGUGAUGAGGCCUCCACUCUGGUGCAGGUGCGGCAGCAGCACGACGCGGGCGGGGCCGGCGAAAUGCACACGGGUGCCCCCAGGGUGACUGUGGCCCCGAAGGCUGACAUCAUCGGCAAGACCGUCCGCGAGACUGGCUUCCGCGGCCGCUUCGAUGCCGCCGUCAUCGCCGUCAAGCGCAACAACGUCAAGCAGGGAGGCCGCCUCGGCGACGUCGUCCUGCAGAAGGGCGACAUCCUGGUGCUCUCCGCCGGCGAGAACUUCGACGCGAAGAAGGACGACUUCACCGCAAACUUCAAGAAGCUCAAGCACCUGGACUCUGCCGUGCAGCGCGAGUUCACCACCGUGAUGCGCGUCACGGGGUCACCUGUGGCUGGCAAGACCAUUAACCAGGCCGGCCUCCGCGGCGUCACCGGCCUGUUCCUAUUCGAGGUGCACCGCUCAGGCGGCGAGAUCCUGCGCGCUGUCAGCCCCGACACUGUCCUGGAGGAGGGUGAUCUUCUGCUCUUCGCCGGUGACCUGGCGAGUGUGUCAUUCCUGCUCAAGUUCGAUGGCCUAGCCCAUCAGCAGGAGGAGCAGGUUACCAAGCUUGAGUCUCACCAGGUCGACCGUGCUCUGGUCCAGGCUGUGGUGUCCCCCCACUCCCCCCUUGUGCACAAGACCGCCCGCGACGUCAGGUUCCGCCACAACUUCGGCGCCGCCCUCCUGUCUGUCCACCGCUCCGGCACCGCGGUCACCGGCGAUGUUGCUGCUAUCAAGCUGCAGGCUGGCGACGUGCUUCUGCUGGAGACUGGGCCCGAGUUUGCCAAGAUCUUCGCCCACAGCCCCGCCUUUGCCCUGAUCAGCACCGUGCCCAACUCUGCCCCGGUCAAGAAGAACCGUAUGUGGCUCGCCCUCGCCCUCGUCGUUGCCCUGGUUGCCACCCAGAUCGUGGAGGGCGCUAGCGGCAAGGAGAUCCUGCACCUGUGGCCAGGGUCCAUCCUGAUCGCGGCGGUGAUGCUCCUGACGCGCUGCAUGAACGCCACCCAGGCCCGCGAGUCGAUGGACUGGGAGGUGUACGUGUGCAUCGCCUUCGCUUUUGCUGUGUCCACGGCCAUGGAGAAGACCAACGUCGCCCUCGCCAUUGCCGAGAUCUUCGCCGCGCUGAGCCGCAAGAUCGGAGGCCAGACCGCCGCCCUGACUGCCAUGUACCUGGUGACUGCCCUGCUGUCCGAGCUGCUGACCAACAACGCCGCCGCCGCCAUAAUGUUCCCCAUCGCUGCUGAGCUGGCUAAGAAGCUGGCCAUCAACAUGGACAUGAUGAGCAUUGCCAUCAUGCUGGGCGGCAGCGCUGGCUGGAUCCUGCCCUACUCCUACCAGUGCAACCUGAUGGUUAUGGCCGCGGGUGGCUACAGGACCAAGGACUUUGCCAAGUUCGGCGCCCCGUUCCACAUCUGGCUCCUCGUCGGCGUCAUCCUCAUCCUCGGAUCGGCCGACAAGGUCUACAUCCCCCUCAUCGCCACCGGCAUCUUCCUCGCCAUUGUCCUCAUCGUGCCGCUCGUGUACGGGCUCGUCCUCAGCGCAAAGCAGCGCGCGGCGAUCGCGGCGUGGGCCGCCUCCAAUUUCACAAAAGAGGGCCGCCAGGCUGCCGCCGCCAAGCCCGCCCCUGCCGGCCGCACCGACGACACCAAAGAUGUCGACACCUGGAGGCAGUGA